CUUUUGACCUUGCAUUAGAUACUAAUGAUAAUUCAGUAAUGAUUAACUUUGAAUCAAGUGCAUCUGAAUUUGAUGAUGAUAUUAUUUAUGAGAAUACAGAUAAGGAAAUAGAUGAGAUAAACAAUAGAACUUGA